CAAGGAGGCAACAAAAGCCCGAUUAGACAAAAUUGAGAAACGAGCCAAGGAGCAAGCAGACAAAUAUCAAGCCGUCCAAGAUGAUAUCAAAAAGAUUUUAGAUAAGGAUAUCGAGACAAAUUAUAUUCUUACAGCUUACCGUCUUGAUAAAAGCAAAACUACUCCUAAUUUUUUUGAUUCUGACACUCUAAAAAAAGAUAUUGACAAAUUAAAAAAUAUUAGUAGUAUGG